CGUGUGCACAGAAAGGCAAGAAAAUCCUCAAAAAGCGGUUUUCACAUCAACCCCGUUUCUGUCUCUUUCCCUUUCUGUCAAGGAGAGUCAGUUCAUUUCUUCUCAGAAGAGUUAGGGUUUUGAAAUGUGGAGGGAGAAUGGAAAUCUCUGAAGCUAUCUCUCUUGUUCCCCCAGAUCCCGAAACCCCCAGCACCAACCACGCUCAUUCCGACCAGGGCUUUCUGCCUUCUUCUCCCAAUCCCGCUCUCGCAUCCUCUGGUCUCGAUCAUGCGGUCCUCGACGAGCUUCAGAAACUGGAUUUGAAAGAGGAGGGGGAGGACGAUGGAGAGCCUGAUGAGGUGCAGAAGCUGGAUUCAGUAGAGAAGGUGGAGGAGGAUGGAGCUGGUGAGUUGCAGAAGGUGGAUUUGAAGGCGGAGGAUGGAGCUGGUGAGUUGCAGAAGGUGGAUUUGAAGGCGGAGGAUGGGGCUGGUGAGUUGCAGAAGGUGGAAUUUUCUGAAGGCGUCGAAGUUCCCCUAAAUCCGACGUCUGUUCCGUUACUUGCGCGGUCCGAUCUCGUUCCUGAAAUCCUUGAUUGGAUUCGGACACUCGACCCCGCCGUGCUCAAUAGGAUUAGGAAUCGCGACCCUGCCAUCCUCCAUGAGAUUCAGCAAUUCGACCUUGAGAUUCGGAACUUCGAUCCUUCCAUCGUUGAUGAGAUUGGGAACUUCGACCCUGCUUUCCCUUCGGAUUUGAAGGCGGAGGAGGAAGGAGCUGGUGAGUUGCAGAAGGUGGAUUCGAAGGCAGAGGAGGGUGGAGAGGGAGUGGAGGAAGAAGAGAAGAGUUCCGGUGAGCAAGAGAUUGAGAUUGUAAAUGGAGAGAAAAAUGAGAGGCAGAGUGAGCAGAGCGAGCAGAGUGACGGAGGAGAAGGGUGGGGAGGAAAUCAGGGGUGGGAGGAGGAUGGCGGUGGGGUGGAGGAGAAGAAGGCGGUGGAAACUCAGGAAAGUAACAGAAGGUAUCAGUACCCAGUGAGGCCGGAAGCUGAAGACUGUUCAUAUUAUCUAAAGACCGGGUCUUGCAAAUUUGGAUCCAAUUGCAAGUUUAAUCACCCUGUUAGAAGGAAACCCAACCAGGUGCCCAAGGAAAGGGUCAAGGAUAAGGACGAGUCGGCAGAGAAUCCAAGCCAGACGGAAUGCAAGUAUUACUUGAGGUCGGGUGGAUGUAAGUAUGGGGAAAAUUGCAGAUACAGCCACAGCAGAGAGAAACCUUCUGUAGCUCCAGUUCUUGAGCUUAACUUUCUGGGCCUGCCAAUUCGACCAGAUGAGAGGGAGUGUCCGUACUAUAUGCGAAAUGGCUCCUGCAAGUAUGCAUCGAACUGCAGGUUUAACCACCCUGAUCCUACAACUACAGGAGGAUCUGAUCCCCCAUCUGGAUAUGGUAAUGGUGGUCCUGCAUCUUUACAAGGUGCAUCACAAUCAACAGUGGCACCAUGGUCUGCACCAAGGCCUUUGAAUGAGUCUCCGGUUUACUCAACAUUGAUAAUUCCACCACCUCAAGUAGUUUCUUCUCAAAAUUCAGAAUGGAAUGGUUAUCAGGCUUCCGCAUAUGCACCCGAAAGAAGCAUGCCUGCGCGUCCGCCAUACAUGAUGAACAACUCAGUGGCUGAAACCAACGUCUACAGGCAACAUCCACACCAGAAUCAAGUUGAAGAGUUCCCAGAACGACCUGGCCAACCCUUAUGCAGUUAUUUCUUAAGAAAGGGUGUUUGCAAGUUUAAAUCUAAGUGCAAAUAUCACCAUCCAAAACUCACCGCAGUAGGCCCCCCAAUCGCACUCAGUGACGAGGGCCUGCCUUUGAGACCGGAUCAGAACAUUUGCACACAUUACAGUCACUAUGGCAUUUGCAAAUUUGGGCCAGCUUGUAAAUUUGACCACCCGUCAUCUGGUCCUGAUCAUCAACUUCCUUUCAGCGAUUCGGCAACUACUAACGGGGCAGGAAUGGCUGGGAGCAGAAACAGAACUGAUGUUACAGGUCAGCCGCAGCCCGUGCAGUAAGUUAUGCAUGAAAUGCUUGCCUAGAGCACAGGAUUUGCAUCACUCAAACAUGUGUAAUCUCACUUUUGGUAAUUCAAUCUUAAAAAUGUAUCAAACCUCUUCACCGGACGACACAAACAUUAUAGUUGUGAGAUUUUAAGGGAAAUGGAACCUGUAAAUUAUUUCUCAUCCA